AUGUCGGCCUUCUUGACUCUCGCCUCCGUGAUCAACAGCUCCCGGGGGAACCACUCGUCCAACUUGCCUCCAGGGAACCCGGCGCCCUUCUCCAACGCAACGUUCUCUUUGCCCGCGACCAUGACCCCCAACGCCGUGCCGCAGAGCCACGCCCACACCAUGCCGUCGCCGCAAUACCCGGCACUGACCCACUCCCCAGCCCCGGCCCCCUUCCAUCUGUCCUCCUCACCGUCAUCGACCUUCUUCGCCCUCAACCUCAUCUUCUUUUCCUCGCCCUUCCGCCCCCGCAGCGCGACACCCUUCCCCACGGCCCCGGACAGCGCCCCAGGAACCCGCCCAACAAAGGGCGCCAUGUCCCCCGUCACGGCCAGAAUCCCGCUCCACGCCCUCCCCUUUGCGUCGAGAAAGAAAUCGACCGUCUCGACCGCCCGGCACUCCGCCACCUCUCUCCCCUCCACCCCGCCGACCUCCAGCACGGCCUCUGCCGUCCGCAGCGCGAACCGCGUCAGCCGCGCUGCCACUUCCCUUCCAAAGUGCCGCGCCAGCCGGGGGAACAGCUCGUGCGGGCUCGCCUUCACAUGCCCGCCGUUCCGCCCCGUGGCGCCUGCGCACAGCGCCCGCGCGUCGAGCACCACGACUUUCGGCCCAUCGCCAGCCUCAUCUGCGUCGGUAGCAGCGGCGGCGAACAAUCCCCUGGCGACGGCGACGCCCGUGAUGCCGCUUCCGAUUACCACUACGUCGGCCUCCCGUGCCAGCGUCUCGGACUGCAUCCCCACGAGCUCUGGGAACGGCGGGUCGUCGAGCCAGUACGGGCUCGAGGGCCUCUCGUGCGGCAUGCCGGGCGCCGCGUUGACCCUGGCUAGUAGCGCCUGA